AGCACAACUGACUAGGGGUUAAGGUUACGCAAGCCGUUAGUGUAUAGACUUAUAACCCUUCUGGCACGACUACACUGAACUGCGGAGGCAACACGGGUCACCUGCAAGACCAUCAUAAUGCUUCCUUUGUUUGGAGAUGAACGUAGGAGACGCGCGAUCAAUUUGGGAGGGUCCUCGUCCGCAACCUCCCAAGCUGCGAUUCUGGAGCAGGCAAGGGCGCGGAGAAUUGAACGUGAGGCGUUGCGGAGGAGGGAAGACAGCGCGGUUAAGAUUCAGUCUUGGUGGAGGGGCAAAUUAGAGACUCGGAAUGUCAGACGACAUAUGCGACAACUAUUCUUGCAGGACGUGACAAGCCUCACAGGCCUCAGAUGUCUUGUGUUCAUCGGACAGGACGACGACCUUCUCCAGCAGUGGUCAGCAGCGAUGUCCACGGAUGAUCAGCUGUUAUUUGGAGGUGUAGCGAGUCAAGAUAAAGCUCAUUGGGUUACAUUGCUUCGUCGAGUCUCAGUCCUCCUGAUCAAAUCCGUGGCGAAGGCACCCUCAACAUCCUCCGCGCACACACACCUGCAAGUGCUGUGUAAGCUGCUAGACCCCUUGUAUGCGGCAAGGGUACUUGGGCCGGCCGAAUCUGACCCACCCCGCGCGUUGACCCAAUAUGUCAUGCAACAUGGCUUGUACCAGAACGUCCGCAGUUCCAUAGAAGCAAUUGCUUUGGAUUCCAAGGAUGACCCGGCAAUUCCAUACCUCGUCAAACUUGUUUAUCUGCCAUUUUCAAACGUUCUACCGUUGACGGAACUAUUCACGCAGUACCUGCAUGCCCUAGCUAUUCACAUAUUGACAAUUCCUCUCCUUCCAUAUCGCAUUCCACUUAUAUCUCUGUCAGAACUUUCCUCGAAACUCCCACUUGCAUACCUACAAGCUCUUUCAUCGUGUAUAACUGACAUUGUCAUGCAAACAUCUCCAUCGGCACAGAUCAACAUCAUUGCAAACUUACUCGCUUUCACUCCUCCCCGAUAUGCCGUUCUCCCGCUGUCUUCACUCGCAGCAUACAUCCAACUUCUACGUGCAUUGCUUUCGGCACUACCUGUACACGCUCUCGAUCCUCCUUUUCCCGAUUCAAAAGCCCAGUCCCUGUCCUGGGAGGAUGAUAGCGAUAGGGACGAUGACGACAACGGACACGUACCUGGAGGCUUAGUUGUGUCGCACUCCGUACUGCCCGUGUUGGACGCUAGAACACGAAAGAAACUACAGACUCUACCCUCUAGUUCCCACCUGAACACAUUAUUGAAACUUACUCGCCAACAUCCCCAGCUAUUACCGGACAUAGUAGCUCUACUGAUGGCUCUCAACAUCGUUUGGCCCGCAGCCAAAGACAAGGUACUUGGAACGCUACUUCUGUAUGGCGGCGGCGGCCUAGUACGUGAGAUUUAUCGUGACGAAGUCCGCCCCACGCCGCUGGGCCGCGAUGAAAAUAUUGUUACCGUCAUGGACCCGUCUUUUCAAGACUGGUGGCCUCCACUACUACUCUUGACGGAUCUGUACACGCACACGCUUCGCACGAUGGGAGACGACGAGUUCUUUUCCAAUUCACGCACUCUCCUCACCGUUAACGAACUUAUCCCUUUCUCUCGUACUCUGUUUAACAUUGCGUUCACCUUGUAUUGGCGAGAUGACCAAUCGACGCUGCAAGAUACCAAUGUCCCAGGGCUUAACCUACGUUGGAUCAACGUGCGUGAGAGGCUGACGAAAUGUCUGCAGGCCAUCCAUGCUCGAGACUCCCGGCGACCAUUCAUGCCCCAAAAUCAUUGGCACGUGGACACGCAGAUCGACAUGAGCUCAUUCAUCGAUGCUGCUGUACACGAGGAGCAGGAGACGGAUGAAGUUUCCGGGCUACAUGCUACCUCAAAACGUCAUCGGGCUUACUUUUCUCACCUUUCUCCGCGUCUAGGCAUCCUUAGCAACAUUCCGUUUGCGAUACCGUUCGAGACCCGCGUACAUAUUUUCCGCCUUUUCGUCCAGACUGACAUGGCGAAACGAGGUUUCAAUCAAUUUUCGCGCCAUAACCGUGUGGAAGUGUCCAUCCGCAGAGGCCAUAUUGCUCAAGAUGGCUACGACAAGCUUUCAGGUGUAGAUCUUCGAGCACCUAUAUUCAUAACGUUCAUCGAUCAGUUCGGAGAGCCUGAGGCCGGUAUCGACGGUGGUGGCGUAUUCAAGGAAUUCUUUACCUCCCUGUGUAAAGAAGUGUUUGACUCUGACCGCGGGUUAUGGUUGGAGACCAAGAAAAACGAGAUCUAUCCGAAUCCUCACUCGUACGCUUCGGAGGCAUACAACCUCAGUUGGUACCGUUUCAUCGGUCGCAUCCUUGGCAAAGCACUGUACGAAGGAAUUCUCGUCGAAGUUGCAUUUGCUGGGUUUUUCCUUGCGAAGUGGCUUGACAAGCAGAGUUUCCUCGACGAUUUGGCCUCUCUUGACCCAGAUCUGUACCAAGGCCUGAUCUUCCUUAAGAAUUACACAGGGAACGUAGAAGACCUUUCCGUCAAUUUCACAGUUGCUACCGAAGAGUUCGGAGUUGCCAAAGUCGUGGAUCUUAUUCCGAACGGAAGCAACGUUCCGGUGACGCGCGAGAACAGGCUGCGAUACAUAUACCUCGUUUCGCACUAUAGAUUGACGAAACAAAUUAAGCUGCAGAGUGAAGCUUUCUUCGAGGGAUUAUCUGUGAUGAUAGAUCCGAAAUGGCUUCGCAUGUUUAAUCAACAGGAGUUACAAAUACUCUUAGGUGGGGUCAACUCACCUAUUGACCUCGGCGAUCUUCGGCAACACACCCAAUACGGGGGACUCUAUAAUGAUCAGGACCCAACCAUACGGGCUUUCUGGAAGGUCAUGGAAAGCUUCGAUCAGGAACAGAAGCGGGCAUUUCUGCGCUUCGUCACGAGUUGUAGCAGGCCUCCGCUUUUAGGCUUUAAGCAACUCAACCCAAAUUUUGCCAUUCGCGAUGCUGGAGAUGACCAGCAUCGUUUGCCCACUGCCGGCACGUGCGUCAAUCUGCUGAAGCUUCCGAGGUACACAAACGAGCGCGUUUUGAGGGCGAAGCUUCUCCAAGCAAUUUCAUCUGGUGCAGGGUUCGAUCUCUCGUGA